UCUUGAUAGCGUAGCACGUACAUUCAAUAGUAUUUUCAGCCUUAUCUUGGUACUUUUGCUGUUGCACCAUGCCUUGCAAAAGGAGUAGUAAUUAAGCUGUGAACCUUCCUGCUGUCAAUCGUACCUAAUUACCGGAAUCAUGAACAACAGUCAAGGCUCGGAUCAGGAUUCUGCACGGAAGGCUAGCCCGUUCGAUAAUCUGAGCAGGGAAGAUCUGGUGAAGAAAUGUAAAGGUCUGCUGGGUAUUGCACAAAAGGCCAAACAAGCGAAAGAUGAGUGUCAAGAGGAGAACCGGCGUCUCAAAGAGCAGCUGGACCAUUUUGAAACUCAGAAAAAUGCUGACAAGGAAUGCAUCAAAGCGAUGCAAGAAGUUGCCGAUUCCUACAUGGAUCAAAAGUUGCAGGCAACAAUGAAAGUGGAUGAAUUAGAAAAGCAACUUGCAAAGCUAAAUGUUCAGCUUACCAACGAAAAAAACAAAGCUGAAGCAUUGCAAACGGAGGUGGAGCAGCUGAAAGAUAAGCUGGAGCGUUUUAACGAACUUCAAGAAGAAAACUCAAAUCUCGAAAAGGAACGGAUAGCUCUAGAGCAAGAGUUGAUAAAGGUGAAAGGCAGCCAAAAAGUGCUGGGCGAUUCAACCACAACACCAAGGGAAGAAAAAUUGAUUCGAAAGCUAAAGCUUUACAAAGCGAAAGUGCAAGAAAUCAACGCAAAGCUGCUACUGCUGAAGUCGGACCGUAAGAUUUUACUCAAAACUGUGAAGGAGUAUGCUGAACAGGUGCCAAAGUGGCAAAAAGAUUUGGUGAACGCAUCGAAUGUUUUGUUUGAAAAGAUACGUGUGCUCGAGCUACAAAAAAGUGAUCUGCAUGAGGAGAUUGGACGUCACGAAGUACUACAAAAAGAACUGCAGGAGGGAAAUGCAAAUCUAGAGCAAAAAAUAUCAGAUCUAACACGACAAUUGGGAAAUUGUACGGUUUCUGACAGUGAUCAUACGGACAGCAAUGGUGCUACGGAUGGUAAAGCACGUGAAGAACUGCGAGCAGAAAUAGAUCGUUUGAAUUCUAUAAUUGCAUCGAUAGAAGACGGCAAGCGUGAAGAAUUGUCAGCAUAUGAACGUAAAUUGCAAACCGAUUACGACGAGAAGGAAAGUCUUCGCAAAGUCCUUGAAACAUCCAAUCAGACUGUUCACGAUUUGCAAGCAAAGCUUCAGUCGCAAGAAGACAUUUUAAGAGAAAGUAAGGAAUCGCAACAGCGAAUCAGUGCACAACUAGAUCAGCACGUAAAAGAAGCUAACAUGUUGGACGAACAAGCCAAGCAAGUGCGAGAAGAACUGCAAAACCAAAUAGAACAAGUAGAACAUUACAAGAAGAUACAGGAAUCUUUGCAAGCUAAUGUUUCCUGUUUACAAAAUCAAUUAGAGGAAUCGGAUAAGGAGAAAAAUCGUCUUCGUGAAAAUUUGUCUCUGAUGUCUGUGGAAAGUGAUGGCAAAUCGGAAGCAAUCCAAGUGCAAUUAAAUGAUACAACACAAAAAAUGCUUAACAUGGAGACGGAAAAUGCAAAUCUGACAAAACAAAUAGCAUCACUGGAAGCUGAUUUACAGAACCAAUCCUCGAGGAUGGUGGAGGAAAACCAGCAGAUUGUGCAAAAAUUAGUAGUGGAAAAUCAAAAUCUAGAAGCGCAAUUAGCUCAACUGGCAGAAAAACUCCAGAAAAGUGUCGUGAAGUCGAAGCAAGCCGUGGAUCGUUGCGAGCUCUUGGAACGGGAGUCCGAAUCUAGAAAGUUGGAAUUGGAAGAGCUUAGUUCCGAAAAGAAUCGCUUGCAAGACGAAGUAAACCAAGCUCGUAUAGAGAACGAAGCCAUAAGUAAACAGUUGUCGUGCGAUCUGAAGGAGAAAAAUGAUAAAAUCGUUGAAUUGGAACGUGAGAAGGAAAGUACCGAGCAUACAUUAGAAGAAUUGAAGACCAAACUUGUACAGCAAGAUGAACAGAAAAUUAAUGAAUCGCAAGUUGGACAACAGCUAGAAGAACGUAUUGCAACACUAAGUGGUAAUUGUGAUCGGUUAAAAACAGAGAACGGCGAAUUGCUUUCAGAGCUGAAGGAGAUUAACGAAAUGCUAAAAGAUAGAGGGGAAGUGAUUAAUUUGCAGCUUUCAAAAAUUGCCGAACUACAAGACAAGCUGUCCCGCACCGAAACAGUCGAGGUAGAGCCGUUGAAGUUACAAAUCGAGCAACUGCAAAAGCUGCUAACCGAAAAGGAGACAGAGCUUGAGCGGCAACGUGACGAACUGGCGACUGCAAUGAACCGGUCGAACAUUAGUUUUGAUGCGCAGAGCGACGUAAUGUCGACUUCCACAAUUUCGCGCGUAGAAGACGUCGCACGACUGCGAGAGAUCGAUGAAAGUUUCGAAGAGAAAUACAUCAAAUUACGCUCGUUGGCGGUGAAACUAAAAAAGAAGGUGUCGGAACAGACGGUACUACUGCAGAAAUACGAAAAAGAAUCUUCUACCGCGAUGGCUGGUGCUGAUACUUCGCUGCAAACAGUUACCAAGAAUUUACAAACACUGCAAACAGAAAAUGAUCGAUUGCAUGAUCAACUCGAUAGCACCACACAAGAAAUGGUUAAAUUGCGCGAAGAAUUGGAACAAAAGUCGAUCGAAUUGUCAACAUUAGAGCAGGUGCAGAAAGAUGUGGAAGGCGCCAGUAAAGAUCGAAGUACACUAGAAACAGCUAUAAGAGAAUAUCAAACGCAAAUUCAAAAUCUAAAGCGUGAAAAAGAAGCAUUUCAACUGGCAAAGAAAGAAAUUGAUGCUGAAAAUCAACGUUUAAAAACAAGCCUCAAAACAAAGGAAAAAGAACUAACCGAUACCAUGGAACAACAGAAGGAACUGAAAUCCGAACUGGAACGAUCGAAACUGGCAGUUAAGAAAGCGAAUUUGUUAACACUUGAGAUGGAAGCGUACGAGCGCUCACUGGCCGAGCUUAAUAGUAAGCUGGAAUCGAAGAAAACGCUAGUGAAAGAGUUGGAAGAAACGAUCAAUGCACAGGAAAAUUCGAUGAAAAGCCUUAAACAGCAGCUAACCAUCCUGGAGGAAAGUUUAGAAUCACAGCAAAAACAUUCCCGUGAGCUAAAGCAAGAAGUGGACAUCCAGCAGGGAAAGCUGCGCCAAAGCGAACAUCAACGUAUGGAGCUCACCGGGCAGCUGGAAGAACUGCGGGACGAGCAGGAUCGUUUGAAGCAGAAGGUAGAAAAUAAUCGCAUUGAGUUAGAACAGGUUGCGGCGGACAAGCAGAAGACUUGUGGCUCAUUGGAAAUGGAAAAGAAUGCGUUGCUUAAACAAAACGUAACCAUAGAAAAUGAGCUAAGUGAAUUGCGCAAAGAAAUGAACGGAAAACAGCAAGAAUUGGACGACAUUCGAACUGAGUUUGCUAGUUACAAAAUUCGCGCUCAGUCCGUGUUGCGACAGAACCAAAACAAGGACAGCAGCCGGGAGAAGGAGCUGGAGGAAGAAUUAAAUCAAUUGCGAAGAUCGCUCGAUGCUGUAGAAAACAAACAGCAAGGACUAUUAAAACAAACAACUGAUUUAUCAAAAAGUAAUGAGGAGUUCAAACACGAAAGAGACCGCACGCAGAACCGCUGCAAGGAGCUGCUGGGUUUGCUUGAGGAAAGCCGGCUACACAAUGAAUUAUUGAUGGAAGAAUCGCGCAAAGUAAAUUCGGAGCACCAGGAAGCACUGAAAACUCAACGCAUUCAGCAUGAAACACUCGUUCAGUGUUACAAAAAGCAGCUCGAAGAACUGCAGGAAACCCAUACCCGGGAAAUGGAACAGGUGCAGAAAACCGCACGUCACCGAUCAGAGGUAUCAGCGGACAGUUUUACAGGCGCAGAAGGUAGAAGCAAUUUUGUAAACAAUAACAAUCUUUCAAUGAUACCGGGAAGUAGCGCGAACCGUGCAGCAUUUACCGAUGAGCAACGCAUUAACCUACUGCUAAUGGAAAGGGAAGAUGGCGAAGGUUCGGAGAGUACUAGCUUGGCAACUGGAAAUGUUGGCACAUUUAGACGCAAGCUGUCUUCGGCUUCUACGACGGCACGAGGACGCAACAGUCGCGAUGUUAUGCCAUUGGAUGAAUUGUUAAACACUUCGUUCGAAGAUGCGGCCUCUAUCUUACAGGCAGACGGUGAGAGUGACCAGCAGUUUGCCAGGGAUUCAUCGCCAACGAUUGAGCUGCAGCAUACGAAGGAACAACUCAGCAAGCAGGAAAGUAGAGUGCGACAUUUGACCGCAGUGUUAGCGGAAGCGGAACAAGAUCUUGCCAAGUUAACGGAGCUGAAUGAGCUGCUGAAGGAGGAGGUCCGUCGGCAGCAACGAUCCAUUGAACGGGAGGCCCAUGUACACAAUUCGGAGUAUUUGAAAAAUGUGAUAUUUAAGUUUGUAACGUUAAAUAAUGGAGACGAGCGGUCAAGGUUGGUGCCCGUUUUAAACACGAUACUUAAGCUUAGUCCUGAGGAAACACAAAAAUUGCAGAACGUUGCCAAAGGUUCUGAUCCUAGUGCCCGCGGUUGGACGGGCUUACUGUGGAGUUAGUAGUACGUCAAAUAUGCCUUUAUCUAUUUCAUUCCUGGUUUAAGCGGUAAAGUUUUACGCCUAGCUUCUAACGUUUUUCCCGUACACAAGUUAGAUAGUUCCUACGCAGUGCAUACGUCACUGCCAAUCGAUUGGAAUAUUUUUCCAUCGGUCUUCCCGUCCGGAUUUAGCAAAUUAAAAAAGUAUCCUUUACAAUUAUAUUCAUACAUACAUUCUUAAUCUGCUAUUGUGCACCGAUCAAUACUAACGAAUAAACCGAACAGGUUGUUUUUAUAGUUUUCAACGGG